AGUGUAUAGUGUGCGCGAUGCGGUGAGACUCCUCUACACAACAUACAGCUUUUUGCGCACUGUUUUGUAAAGCAGUGCAGCACAUGGACGCCAGGGCUGAACGCAGUGAAGAGAUGGUUCCGCUCCAGGAAGAGUCUGCAUACGACGGUGCCGGUCGUACAUCGUCCCCGUCCCACGACGUCUGCAAGUUCGUGUGCGGGCUCUUCGUGAUCACACUGCUGGUGACGGCCCUAUUCGGCGGGGGUUUAUUUACUGGCUACGGCGCUAUCUGCGAUCGUCAUCGGACGUGCAAGUGCACUGGGGGUGCAAAUUCCGUAACUGCGAAAUGGGGAGGAGAAGUCAACGGAACGGGGAGUGGGACGGCCGUUCCUGUGUCGAAAUGGCUAGACGACGAGAUGAAAGCUGGAAAUAUUAGAGAGAAUCUAAGGGAGCUGACAGCGAAACCUCACAUCGCGGGCAAUGUCAGUGAUAUGGAAGUGGCCAUGUUGAUCUACAAUCGCUGGAAGGGCUACAAGACCUUUGACCGAGUGGAGCUGGCCAACUACACGGUCCUGCUGCAGUACCCAGGGAACAGCAGUAGUCCCAACAGACUGGAGCUGCGGGAGUCGGGGGGGAAGGUGGUCUACACUGCAGCUACCCGCCAGGAGAAACCUCUGCUGCCACAGGAGAGAGAUCCCUCCGUCGCUCCUCCUUUUAAUGCCUACUCUGGCACUGGGAACGUCUCUGGUCCUCUGGUGUAUGUUAACUAUGGUAGACUGGAGGACUUUUACUAUCUCAACACUACCCUCAAUAUCAGUCUGGACGGACACAUCUGCAUCAUACGCUAUGGAAAAAUCUACCGUGGAGAUAAGAGCAGAGUGGUUGUAUUGGAGUCAUCAUCUACUCUGACCCCGCGGAUUAUGCCCCCAGAGAUGGUCCCCCUGGUCUUCCCCAACGGCACCAGUCUCCCACCCUCCGGGGUGCAACGAGGAUCACUGUUCCAGAGAAACGGCGACCCCCUGACUCCGGGGGUCCCUGCAAUUCCAGGGAUAUUCAGGAGAGACUAUGAGGAAGAUGUGGUGAAGAAAGGAUACGCUCCCAGUAUCCCAGUACAACCCAUCUCUUAUGGAGAUGCCAUCCACUUCAUGAACCAACUGACUGAGUACCGAGCCCCUGUCAACUGGACUGGUCAGCUGAACAUGUUCUACUACUGCAUCCUCCAGUCACCCACCAACACCAAUGAGAUAUAUCUUGAAGUCAACAACUACCUGGUUCAUAGGAACAUCACUAAUGUCAUUGCUACAGUGUAUGGAUCAGUGGAGCCAGAUCGCUACGUUCUGCUGGGUAACCACCACGAUGCCUGGACAUUUGGAGCAGUGGACCCAAACUCUGGGACUGCAGUACUCAUGGAGCUGGCCAGAGCUCUCAGUGACCUCCGCAGCAAAGACUGGAGACCAGGUCGAACCAUUCUCCUCUGCAGUUGGGAUGCAGAGGAAUAUGGACUGAUUGGAUCCUACGAAUGGACUGAGGAACAUGCAAAGAUCCUAGGAGCCAAUGCUGUAGCCUACCUGAAUGUGGAUGUUGCCGUUGGUGGGGUAUACUCUUUCAAUGCUGCUGCCACCCCACUUCUCAUCCAGCCUAUCUACACUGCAACCAAAACAACCAAGUGCCCCAACAAAGGUUUUGCCACAGUCUAUGACGAGUGGCUCCACUACCAACCAAACCCCACCAACAGCGCUCCUCAAGUCCCUGGUCUUGGCUCAGGCAGUGACUAUACCCCCUUCCUACAAGGUUUUGGCAUCACCUGCUCUGACAUGAACUACAGAUACUUUGACCCCGUAGGGUACCCAGUGUAUCACUCAGUCCACGACAACUUCUUCUACGAGGCCAACCUGAGGACCCGUCCUUCUCCCACCACACAGCCGUGGGUCUGUGUGGGAGACUACUCCACUGCACUCACAAACAUCAUGGCGGGAUUGGUGGAAGAGUAUGGAGAGGUUCUGUCUUCCCAGAACAUAAGUCUUGAUUACCUCAACAGCUCCAUCAGAGAGUUCACGAUGUCCGCCGAAUGUCUGUGGGAGGAGUUACAGAAGGUGUCAGGUGACCCCAGUGACCUCAGUCGUGUCAGGAGACUCAACGAUCAACUGAUGCAGUUGGAGAGAGCCUUCAUUGUACCAGAGGGUCUCCCUGGAAGACCUUACUACAAACAUGUGGUUUAUGCGCCCAGCUCAGUCAACCAGUACGGCAGCUCUCUGUUUCCCGGUGUGUCUGAUGCCAUCUUUGCGGCCAUGGAGUGGGGUCGUAGCUGGGACCUUCUCAGAGAGCAGCUGGACCUGGUUCGGGUCCACAUACUCUAUGACUCUCAGAUCAUGACUCAAAGCCUUGACAACACAAUAGCUUUUACAACAGUCGGUAAAGACAUAGAGGACCUGAAACAGUGGACCUCCUGUUCGGGACAGCACUUCGAACCCCCGGAGUUUGUACAGCCGUCUCAAAGCGAAGUUUGCUCUCCUACACUCCACGAAGCAAAUUCCAAAUGUACAGAUGUUCAUUUGACUUACACUGAACAUCCACCUUCAAGUGGAGACUAUCGACCUCUGAGGCCAAAGUAUGGGACAUAUGAAUAUCUGCCACCUCAGAGAUGGCUCUCUGCCCUCCAGUACGGUGCGGUGGUAUUCCUCUACCACCCAUGCACCCCUCCUGACCAGGUCUCCCAGUUGAAGCAGCUGGCUCGGAGCUGUCUGUGGCGCCAUUUCGUGUCCCCUUACCCUCUCCUGGACUCUGAAUGGCCAAUGGCUGUUGUGUCUUGGGGGUGUGUCCUCCGAGUAAAGUGGGUGGAGUCGGAAGCAAUCAAAAAAUGGGUGGAGUCACAUGCACUACGCACUCCUCAAACGGCAGAGUUCGCUAAUGAUGGCACCUACGAUGAAGGGUUGAUUCAACCAGCAGACAAGGUGGAAUUGAAUGGAGACGAGGCUGUCUGUCCCUCACCUCCUCCUCCCACCACCAUCCUCCCUUCCUCCACCAACACACACACUAACACCACCAACACCAGCAAGCCUACCUGUCCCAACACUGCCACCUCUACCAAUUCAUCUCACAACAAAACAGACUCAGACUGUAGCCUCCCCCCCACUCCUACCUUCAACCCAGCCCCAGCUAGCAAUCUCCCGCUCCACCACCAUUUCGGCUACACCGUCCUGAUGUGUGUUGCUGGAGCCGCGCUCCUACUUGUGAUCCUCGUGUCUGCCUUGAAUCUGUGCUGCUGCAGUGCAACUCGCCGGAGGAGACGGCGGGCCAGGUACAAGUCGGUGAGCAAGUUUUUCCCGUUCUCGUACGGGGAGCAGCUGGACGCCGAUGGAGGGAGCGAUGGAGUGAGCGUGGCUAUUCCAGAGUACGGACUGCCCAAGAGUGGACGGGCUGAGAGGGAAAUGCUACUAAAUGAUUCAGACGAAGAUGAAAUCUAGCCCCCCUUAUUUUUGUUUUUCAAGGUAUUGUUUUAGUUGUGUAUUGUGUGAUUUGUGCAAAAUGCAGUAGGCUCUUCCUUUUUCAUCACACCACCUAUACUGCUCUCAUGGCACAUGAUCUGUAGUACUAUGUCAGCAGUACAACAUUAUACUUCCACAAGUUUCGAGUCAAGUCAGUGCACCUAUGUAGUGGUUUCAAAAACUGUAGAAUAUAGUUACACAUGUGGGUUUUUUAAACACAGCACAUCCACUAUUGUCCCUGAGAAGCUGUGUUCUAUGGCGUGCUUCCCUAAACCGUUGUCACACUUGCAGGUUUAAAAUGUUGCUGUCACAUUUUUUAACAACGCACAUGCACUAUUA